AUGGAUGUAACUUUGAUUAUUAUAAUCAAAAUGCAAAGUUCAAAUAUAGAUAGACAGCUGAUAAUUGAUUUGACCCAAAUGAUUGAUCAACACAAUCCCAUAGCACAAUCAUUUAGAAGAGUGAGGGAAUUCCAUGAGAAUCACCCGUCUCAGAUGUUUUCUUUGAAAUUGUUUAGUCAAAGAGAACGUGAUCGAAGAGUUUAUAAUUAUCCUUCGUGCGAUGAAGUUGCUGCUUUGGUUGUUGGUGAUUUUGAUUCUUCUGAUACUGGUCGUGAUGUCAUUGUUAAAUCUGCAACUGGCCAACUUCAAAGAAUAUAUGAGACACAUGCUUUAUACUGGCCAUUGCAAUAUCCCUUGCUUUUUCCUUACGGGGAAGAUGGUUAUCAAUUGGGUAUUCCUUAUCGAGAUAUUCAAGAUAUAAAUGUUGCAGGGAGAAGAACUAGAGUAUCCAUGCGAGAAUUUAUCUAUUUUCGUUUGCAAAUGAGAGAGGAUGAGGAUAGCAUUAUUCAUAAGUCUAGAAGAUUGUUCCAACAGUUUGUUGUUGAUUCAUUCUCUAUGAUUGAGUCACAGAGGCUUUAUGAAAUCAGGAAAAAACAUAGCACAAUUAGAGGAGAAGUCUUACAAGGUAUUGAAGAAGCUAUGCGACGCGGUGAUACUGAAGCAUCAUCAAUUGGUACUCGAGUGAUUUUGCCUUCUUCUUUCACUGGUGGUAAACGUUACAUGUUUAAUAAUUGCCAAGAUGCUAUGGCUAUUUGUAAGCAUUUUGGGUAUCCAGAUCUAUUUCUUACCCUUACUUGCAAUCCUAACUGGCCUGAGUUUCAAAGAUAUAUUAAUCGUGAUCAAGUUCCAAUUGCUGAUCGGCCAGACAUUGCUUGCCGAGUCUUUCAUGCUAAGAUGAAGUGUCUUCUUAAUGAUCUUAAGAAUGAUGUUUUUUUUGGUCCUCUUAAUGCAGGUAUGUAUACAAUUGAGUUUCAAAAAAGAGGUUUGCCACAUGCACAUAUUCUACUUUGGCUUGAUGGAAGGAAUAGAUUGCAGAAUAUUGAAAUUGUUGAUGAGUUGAUUUGUGCGGAACUUCCUAAUCCUAUGAAGUUUUCACAUUUGUAUAGUGUGGUUAGUAAAUACAUGAUUCAUGGCCCUUGUGGUAGGGUAAGACCAACUUCUCCAUGCAUGAAAGAUGGAAGAUGCUCCAAGUUUUAUCCGAAGCAGUUUGUUAAUUAUACGAGUUUUGAUGAAGAUGGUUAUCCUAUUUACAAGCGUCGAGAUAUUGGUGUUACAGUUAAAAGUCAUGGUGUUGAUCUUGAUAAUAGAUUUGUUGUUCCAUAUAAUCCAUUAUUGUUGAUGAAGUACCAGGCUCAUAUUAAUUUGGAAUUUUGCAACAAGUCAAAUGUUAUAAAGUAUCUUUUCAAGUACAUUAACAAGGGUCCAGAUCGUGUAACUGCAACUAUUAGUCAUUCAACUGAGACAACUCAUUCUUUUGAAGUGGUUGAUGAGAUCAAACAGUAUUAUGAUUGUCGGUAUCUUUCACCUUGUGAAUCUAUGUGGAGAAUUUUUGCAUAUGAAAUUCAUCAUAGAUGGCCACCUGUGCAAAGACUCAGAUUUCAUUUACCUAAUCAGCAGCAUGUUGUGUUCGAUGAUCAUGAUACUAUUGGCUCUGUUUUAAUAAGAAAUAGAGAUUUGAUGACAAUGUUUACUGCUUGGAUGAUGGCUAAUCGAACAUAUGUUGAAGGACGAACACUAACAUAUGUUGAGUUCCCAAGUAAAUUCGUUUAUGAUUUACAAUCUCGACAGUGAAAACCAAGA